AUGCUGAGUUUGGGAGUCGCGGUGCUUGUGCUAAAGUCAUCCCCCGACUACACACGGCAGCUUCGUCAUAUUGCGCUUAGCAGUCUAAUAGUACUCAAUGAAAGUGGAGGGAUAACAUCAAAAAAGGAUGUGGCAGAAUUAGUGAUGAAGUGGAGCGAUAUUUUGCGUCGUGGUGGCUUGGGAGCAGCGCAGGACGAGCUAGUGGAGCGUUUAGUAAGCUGUAUCUUGAAUCUAUCCAAUCACAAGCAGAAGCAGGAAACACUGCUCUUUUUUAUCGACAAGGGUUUAUUACAAUUACUGGUUCAGUACGUUGCGUGGAGCAAACCCAAGGAUCCUGCGAGACUACAACGAUUAAUACAAAGUCUUACGAUACUAGUAAAUGCUGCUGCACUUGAGGAAAGAGUGAACUUUCGGCUGUCACUUGUGACACUUGGUCAGGCACUUGGCCAUCUCAUGAGACAAGACGUUGUUGAAUACAAAACUCUUGUGCAAGUCGUUGAUGCUUUGAUGAACGUGCAGCAACUGGCCUCUGAAAGGAUGGAAGAGGAAGCUGACGCUACUCGUGCCAUUGUGGUUCAUAGAUCGGACCUUGCUGAUCCGGACACUUCGCGAGUGGCAUCAUGCUGCUCUGCAUUAGUUGAGAUGUGCUCCCCACAGAUGCCUACUUCAAUAAAGAAUGCUGGAUUAUGGGCGCUAGCUGAACUAAUACAAGCGGUGGCACAAGAAAAGCCUAGUGCCCUUCAUGCUCAGCAGCUGAAAGCAGCUCUAGGACCUGAAUUUGCAACAAUGAUGCUAUCCUUUCCACGUAAUCACAAAGACUUAACCUUGCAAAUUAGAGCCUCCACUGUACUGGACAGCUUACUUCAUGUUGCUCGACAGAAUUCAGCGUUUGUGACUCGUGAGACAUACCAACUCUGGAUGGAUCAAGUUAGAUUUUGGACAGGCACGGAAGAAACCAAAAGAAAACAACAGUCUGUUAAAGGAUCACCUCAACAAAAUUUUGUUCAUGUCGAUCACAAUAAGAAGAAUGACGUUCAAAAGCUCAGGCAGAAACUUUACGUUCAACUUCAACUGACUAGUUCACGGUGUUUACGUACGCUCACAUCAUCUCCACAAACCAGACGCUACGUUUGCGAAUCACCAAGGACACGAGCAGCUCUUUUUAACUUGUCCCGCCAAAUUCAUGAGAAAAGAAGAAACUGCUUCGACCAAGUCAAUCAGGAUACGGCGAAAAACUUCAUGAAUAUUCAGCGGAACCUAUCAUGGGCAUUUUGCAAUAUCUGCACAGGGUUUCAAAAUGGCGCCAUUGCGCUCGACUGCUUGUAUAACGCGUCCUGGACUGCAUCUCUUUUGCAAUCGCGUCGACUUUUACCGAUGUCGCGCUUUUUUCGCAGAAUCAACGAUCUAACGGAUUUGCCAAUCGCAGGGGCAGAAGAAUACGAAGCUGAUACUGAGUUUGGCUGGGUCGACAUUUUAACGGCAUGGACAGCGAGCACAGAUCACCAAGUGCGCAAGAAUGCCAUUGCCACUUUAGUAUUUCUCGCUGAACAAGACCAAUACUUUACUUUGGACUGCAGCUUAGCGGAAAUGGAAGCAAUUUGCUCUAAGCAGGGGCAAAUUCUUCAGGCGUGGCUAACUUAUAUGCUCCAGCGAAUUCGAUUACUCACGGGUGGUGAAUUGCUUGCUGUGAAUCAAAUGGAGGAGAUUGCUAAUGUAUCGUAUGAGCUUACUCCUGGCAACGAGCAGAUUUUAUUCAAUCCCGCUGUAGUCGAUGCAGGCACAUCAGCUCUUGCAGUAUUAGCGGAGCUCCAUCAUGUUGAGCUUGUCCACCAAGGAGUCGUUCCACUAAUCGCUUUGUUGUCUACAACCAGCGAAGCGACACCAGCGCAGCACUCUCAAUGUGCUCGGGUGCUAGCCAACCUGGUUGCAUCUUAUUGUCUCGAUAUUGAGUCCGGAAGCCCAACGCUUGCGUCGGAUCCGACUCGCGUAGUUGUUACGAGCGACUAUGCCGACAUUGCUAAGUUGCUUAAACAAACGGCUUCUGGAAAACGUUUUUUGGACAAAGUAAAUUGCUGGCGCGAAUGCAAUGAUCCAAUGCAGCGCUCAAAUUACUUUCGCGUCGUGCAAAACCUUCGAGCAUACGAUGAAGUCAUGGCAACCGGGCAUCUGUUACAGGACGUAUAUUGUGAAGGCGUGCAUCCGAUCGUUCCGAAUCGCAACUCUAAAUCAAUAUAUCAAACUGCAGAUGUUGACGAAUCAGCCUCCUUGGUAGAUGUGGUAUUCGUGCAUGGAUUACGUGGUCAUCCUUUUCGCACGUGGCGCAUUGGUAUGGAAGGGAGAAACGAGAUGUGGCCAGAUACACUACUUGCCAGAGACCUGGAGCGCAACAACGUGUCUGCUCGGUUAGUGACACUAGGCUAUGAAGCAGGCAUGGUAAGCUGGUCAAGUCCUUGGCCUUCGCUUACUCUAAAAGAGCGCGCACGUGUCAUGCUUUCGGCUUUGUAUGCUGCCAAUAUUGGACGCGAUCGUCGUAACCCUGGGGCUUCCGCUCGCCCGGUUGUCUUCAUCACUCAUUCAAUGGGUGGCUUGUUGACCAAAACUAUGCUAUUACUUGAGCGUGAACAUCGUGAACAGGGUGUUUCAAGUCUGGCAUAUAAUACGAAAGGUGUCGUUUUCCUAGCUGUUCCGCAUUUUGGAUCUGAUUUAGCUAAAGGCACGCAAUCCGAAGCUAUUCGUAAAGUAAUCCGAAUGCAUCCAGCUAUUGAAGACCUUGGAGCUGAUCCAAACGGACGUCUUAAGGAUCUGAAUGAUGGUUUUAAGCAGCUUGGUAUCGACUGCUUUAGUAUCGGGGAGGAGCGUGCAGCACCAGUGGCCCUUGGUUAUUCAGCAGUCAUCGUAAAGCCCGACUCUGCUAACCCAGGAAUUGGUCGCUUUUAUGUGUUGCCCGAUAGCGAUCACAUGACAAUUUGUAAAGCGAAAAGCCGCGACGACCCAUUAUAUCAAGAUAUUCUUAGCCGAGAUUUGAAAGCAGUAGUCACAUGUGACACAAUGCGAUGCCAAAUCGGGUAA